AUGGGGUCGGUCUUUCGGUGGGGAGAUGUGGAGGAGCCGCGACUUGGUCGUCUCUGGAUGGAGGGGGACUUUACCCUUGCUGAGCCUAGACUGGACUGGGGCACUAUGGUGGGAGUGCACCGGUUGAUUUGGCUGGGUAUGCUCAGCAUCCUGGGUAAAGUCACGUUGGGAGGCCUGGGCCUGAGUCCUCUCCAAGUUACGCUUCGGCGUGCUGUAGUCAUGUCCAGCUCGAUAUUUUGGUAUAAAGAUGUUCGUAUUUCUUUGACAUCUUGGUAA